GACAUUAUAAUGCAAGAGACCUCAUUUUUAAGCACAAACCGAAUUUUCUUUCAUUUAGGCUAUAUAUAUUUUUUAAAUAGUUUAAAGUCGUAGAAUUUUUUUGGAAAGCAUUUCACCCUGGAGCGGUGCGCAAUGCUAUCCCACGCCGACCUCCUGGAUGCUCGCCUCGGUGAGUUAUCAUCGCCAAACUCCGGUCUUCAACUCUACUGGAUGAAAGAUGCCGCGGCUGAGCUCCUGGGUCAUAGGGAGGCUUUGAAGUGCAGGCUGGGAGCAGGGGGAUCGGAUACCGGCCAUCCUGGCGAUAUAGCCCCGGGCUCGGACAAUGUAGAAGGGGCGACACUGCUCCCUGGGGAUGACAUCAGCAAUGCUGGAUCCAAUCCCUCCGCCGUGCAGGUCGGCACGAAAGACCAGGACAAGCAGCAACAGCAACAAAACCAGAACCAGUCUGGUGGACAGACAAGCCAGCAGAAACAGAAGCGGCACCGGACCCGCUUUACACCGGCCCAGCUUAACGAACUGGAGAGGAGCUUCGCUAAAACCCACUAUCCUGACAUCUUCAUGAGAGAAGAGCUGGCGCUGAGGAUCGGUUUAACAGAGUCCCGCGUCCAGGUUUGGUUUCAGAACCGACGCGCCAAGUGGAAGAAGCGCAAGAAGACCACGAACGUCUUCAGAGCCCCCGGUACCCUGCUCCCCACUCAUGGCUUGACUCAUCAGUUCAACUCAGCAGCAGCAGCCGCAGCCGCCAUGGGCGAUAGCCUCUGUUCCUUUCACGCCAAUGACACCCGCUGGGCGGCGGCCGGAAUGCCGGGCGUUUCUCAAUUGCAACUCCCCCCCUCCUUGGGCCGGCAGCAGGCCAUGGCUCAAUCCCUGUCCCAGUGCAGCCUUGGAGCUGGUCCCCCUCCCAACUCCAUGGGCCUGUCCUCCAACGGCUCCGGGCUCCAGUCACACCUCUACCAGCCCGGCUUUCCAGGGAUGAUGCCCGGCUCCCUGUCCGGCUCCGCUAACGUGACCGGUUCGCCCCAGCUUUGCAGCUCCCCGGAGAGUGACGUGUGGAGAGGGACGAGCAUCGCAUCCCUGCGCCGCAAGGCACUAGAGCACACAGUCUCAAUGAGUUUCACUUAAUAAUAAAGAUCGCGGAGGCCCAAUAAAUGGCUUUGUUUGUUUUUUAAAUCCCCAUUUUAACAACACACCAGGAAGUAUACUCAGGAUUUGAAAUACAUCUAUAUAUAUAUCUAUCUAUCUAUAUAUAUAUAUAUAUAUAUAUAUAUAUAUAUAUAUAUAUAUAUAUAUAUAUAUAUAUAUAUAUAUAUAUAUAUAUAUAUAUAUAUAUAUAGAAACUGGUUGUGUAACAAUUAAUUAAAAUUACAUUCUAAGUCACAAACUACACAUGCACAAGGGGCAAGGAAACCUAUGUCGUGGACUUUAAAUAUAAUUAUUGCAAACUUCUGUUUAAUCCUGCUUAGAAAGACUAGUUAGUUUGUUUUAUACUUUUCCUUUUUAAUCAGAUUUCACUACAGUUACUUUGCAAAGCGUAUUUCUGUAUUUAUUUAUCUGUUUGUGUGUAUUUAUUUGUUAUCGGAAUAUGGAGCUGUAUGGAGUUUUGAUCAAAACAACCAUUAAAAAAAGAACAAAACAUGCACAUAGAAGAUAUUCUUUUCACAUGAAUUACGAGAGAUUAUUCAUUUUAAAUCUCUAAAAUAAAAGGUUAUUAUGUUUGAUCUUGACUCCAUAUAUAGUGAACGUAAGAUCCUGAAAUGUGCCACAUGCACUGCAUGCAAAAACGGGCUAUUGGCAUGCACAGUGCACUUGUGUAUUUAAAAUAUUGGGAGUUUGUACAGCAAAAAUAAUAAUAAUAAUAAUAAUAAUAAUAAUAAUAAUAAUAAUAAUAAUAAUAAUAAUAAUAAUAAUAAUACAAAAAAAUAACUAAAUAAAAAAGAAGCUUUGUGUGCAUGUGCUGGCCAGAAUACAAUACUGGGAAAAGAAACUAUUUAUAAAAAAUAAGAAACUUUAAAAAACCUGUGAGAUAGGAUGUUUUGUGUAGAUAAAGCAUUCUUGUUACCUACCGGUCGAUUUGUGAUAUGUUCUAACUUAACUGUCUGUGCUUAUUUAUUGAAAACAAGUUUCUUAAUACAUGUUUGUUCUUAUACUAAACAUAUAAUUUGAUUUCCUGAACAGGUUUAUAUCAAUUAAAUGUAAAUGGAUAAAUAAAAUCAUUUUCAAUAUGUGA